GUUUAUGCCUGUGAGAAGUCCCCUGUAAUCAAUGAUUGUGAUUGAUAAUCUGAGUGCGGAGCCCCCCGAGCCUGUCCGUGGUGACCUCUGGCGUCGGGGAAACGUCUGCUGUCUCUCCUCACGCUGGCCUCUUCUGCUCUGCAUGCUGGUUCUGAUUUACGGUUCCCACGCCCCCCUCAUUGCGCUCACCCAAUCAGACGGCCGCGUCCCCUACAGCCCCUCCUCCUGCGUUGUCCUCAUCGAGCUCACAAAGCUGCUGGUUUCCACGGCGACGCUGCUGGCCACCAAGGGCGGGUCGGCCCUGUGUGGCGCGCCGGUCCGCUGGGUCCUAGCACUGCCCUACGCAGCUCCUGCGCUGCUCUACGCCCUCAACAACAACCUGGUGGUGUACAUGCAGGCUCACAUGGACCCUAGCACCUUCCAGCUGCUAAGCAACCUCAAGAUCGUCACCACGGCGACGCUCUACUCGUCGUGCCUGGGCAGGCGGCUGCGGCCUGUCCAGUGGCUGGCCCUGGUGCUGCUCACGCUGGCCGGGGGAGCGCACAGCUACAGCAGCCUGGACAGGGAGGCCCAGACUGGGCCAGAGGGCCACCGGGGCCCCAGACUGCACGUGACUGGGCCGGGCCUGCUGCUGCUGCUGCUCUACUGCACGGCCUCGGGGCUGGCCGCAGUGGUGACCGAGCGUGCUCUCAAGGGCCAGCGGCUGCCGCUCAGCCUGCAGAACAUCUUCCUGUACGGCUGGGGCGUGGCCAUCAACGUCGCCUCCCACAUGGGCGGAGUCGGUGAGGGCCGGGGCUUCCUGGAGGGCUUUUCUGCGCUGGUAUGGCUGAUUGUGAUUGGGCAGGCGGCGGCGGGGCUGAUGAUGUCAGUGGUGAUGAAGCACGGCAGCGGAAUCCUGCGGCUUUUCGUCAUCUCUGCGGCCAUGCUGGUCAACAGCGCCUUCUCCUGGGCACUGCUGGGACUGCAGCUCACACCCCUCUUCCUGCUGCCGACAGGACUCGUCGCUCUCGCUGCCUACCUGUACUACAGGUAAUGGCCAAGGGACUAGUGACCUGUACUACAAGUAAGGUAGUGACCUGUUCUACAGGUAACAGCCAGGUGCCCUAAGUCGCAGGCAGCAUACCUGAAUUACAGGUGAAAUGCAGCUACACGAUGUGUGUACCUCAGUUUGUUUUUUUGUCCACUGAUUUGGGUAGUGACACGGUUAAAACCCAUUUGCUUUUCAUCCAUUCUGUUGCUGCUGUGUAGGAUUUGGUUUCAUUCAUGGGGAUUUCCACCCCAUCGCACAAGAGAACCCCC